AUGACUAAUGAUGAUUCGCCUUCAAAUUUAAAUGAAGAUACAAAAACAAUCGAAAAAACGAUGCAACCAGUUCUUACAAUACAAGCACAACACAUAAGUACACCAAAUGAAUCAGUACGUCGACAUG